AUGAACUGGCAUUUAGCCGUGGGCGAGUGGCCCGAGACGGUCACUGUGCCAGCCCUAAAAUGUGAUUCCUCACAUGAUCCCAUCGUGACGCACAUCCCGGGGGGGCUCCCGGCUCACCCGGCCCUGAGCUCCCGGCUCCCAGAGUGGUGGGCACAGGACAGCACCGGCCCCAGUGUCUGUGUCCCCGCCAGAGAGGCCGCGGAGACCAGCGCACCUGUCCUGGGGGGAGGGGCGAAUGGAGGAGGGCGAGAAGAGCCCCCUGCUGUCCCAGGAUGCUGGGGGCCAGGAGCCACCCCUCCCUGCCAGCUGCCUGGGCCCAGAGCUCCAGGAGGGACGGGCCUGGAGGGCAGGCCUGGGGCGAGGGCAGGCCUGGGGCGAGGCCGGGCCCCCUCCCUGCCCUCCCUCCCACUGAGAAGCAGCUGCCUGCAGUGCCUGAUCUUUCUGUCCAACUUCCUCUUCUCUCUGCUCGGCCUGCUGGCCCUGGCCAUCGGGCUCUGGGGCCUGGCCGUCAAGGGCUCUCUGGGGAGCAGCUGGGGGGGCCCCCUGCCUGCAGACCCCAUGCUGGGGCUGGUGCUGGGGGGGCUGGCGGUCAGCGCCGUGAGCCUGGCGGGCUGCCUGGGUGCCCUCUGUGAGAACGCCUGCCUGCUGCGCUGCUUCUCCGGGGGCCUCUUGGCCUUCCUGGUGCUGGAAGCCCUGGCAGGGGCCCUGGUGGUGGCCCUCUGGGGCCCCCUGCAGGACGGCCUGGAGCGCGCCCUGCACGUGGCCAUCACCCACUACCAGGAUGACCCUGACCUGUGCUUCCUCAUGGACCAAGUCCAGCUCGGGCUGCAGUGCUGUGGGGCGGCCUCCUACCAGGACUGGCAGCAGAACCUGUACUUUAAUUGCAGCGCCCCGGGCGUCCAGGCCUGCAGCCUGCCGGCCUCCUGCUGCCUUGACCCCCGCGAGGACGGAGCCUCCGUCAACGAACAGUGCGGCUUCGGGGCGCUGGGCCUGGAGGAGGACGCGGCCCGGCGGCUGGUGCACGUGCAGGGCUGCGGCGCGCCGCUCCGCCGGUGGCUGCGCGGGACGGUGCGGGCGGCGGGCGGCCUGGCGAUCGCGGCGGCGCUGGUGCAGGGCGCGGAGCUGCUGGUGGCCGCGCACCUGCUGCGGGCCCUGGCCGGCCGCAAGGGGGCGGCGGGGCGCUGCGGACCCCGCGCCGGGGCCCUGUCCGCGCCAGUGUCCGGCUGACCCGGGCUGUGGACGCGCCUCGGACACCCGCCGCGCCCCGCCCCGCCCCCCGCUCCCGAGGUGCCCACCGCCGCCUGCCGGUCCUGCUCGUCCCCGAAGCCCGGCCGCCGCCGGAUUCCUUUCUUAGAGGCUUUUGCCCGUGGGACCACCCACUGGCAGUGCCCCCGCCCUGUAACCUGCUCUGGUCGGAGUACAGCCUGGCCACCACGGAAGGUGCCCACGAGGCCACCCAGCCCCAGGGGUAGGGUGCCCAGCCCCCAACACCGCCAGCUGUGACCCCUGAGCGCCCCCCCCCCCAGGCCUCUCCCUCUAGCUCAGUGGUUCUCAGCCUUCCUAAUGCCUUUAAUACAGUUCCUCAUGUUGUGGUGACCCCCAAUUUCAUUGUUACAAAUUGAACAUAA